UUUUUAUUUUUUUCUUUUCUUUCCAUUUUCCACUUCUGAAACACUCAAUGGGGUCGACGACAGCAGAGGCGCUGGGCCGGAUGCUGCAGGACCUGCACGGCACCCUCGAGCAGACCGGCCCAACGAGUGCGCAAGACGCCAAAACCAUCGCGAGCGACCUGGCCAGCAUGUGUCUCGGCACCCUGUCUGAGGUUGAUCUCUCUCUCUGCAUUUCCAAAAUCUUCAGCAAGACGGACGGCAUCCUCAAGUAUCUGCGCGACUGCAAGUUUGACGAGUACGAGUCGGCCAAGGAGGAGCUGUUCCGCUUUCUGGGUGCGUUUGUCAAGCGGCACGGCCGACGUUUAUUGCCGCAUGCGGUGGAAAUUAAGAAUGUGGCAAUGAGUCUCUUCAGUCGCGACAAACGGAGUAGAGUGAAGAACGCCUCGUUCAAGCCUCUGCGACACGUGCUGGAACUCAACCUGCGAAGCGAAUUUGGCGACCAGCUCAACGUACCAGCAAUGAUUGACAAGUAUUGGAAAUCCCUCUUUGAAAAGCACCAACCGACGGUGCAGUCCAACCUGUUCCAGCUCAACGGGCUGUUUGCCCAAUUCUUUCCGCUGGAAAUGGCCGCCAACACUGCUCGCCUCCUGACGAUUCUCCUCAGCGCGUUGCAGCAAAACAUGACGGACAGCAAAAAGCCAGACACCCAGCUUAUUGUUGGCAGUCUGAAAGGGAUUGCCAGUCUUCUGGUGAACUUCCCUCAGCCAAGUUCUGGUGGCUCGGCUCACGCCGUGUCGAUCUACAGGUUUGUGCGCAUGGCCAUCCAGCCAUUGCAGUCUUACACUCGAUACGACAUUCCGAAAGCUGGUCUCCGUCUCAUUUCAAUGCAUGCAAUGCAGUUCAAGGAGUUUCUUGCCGACGAUUACACUGUCGUGCAUAAUCAUGUGAGCGCGUGGUGCCAGCAUAAAAACCCAAAAGUCCGGACCGCCAGCUUUGCGGCCUUUGAAGCUGUUCUGCAGGCCAUCGCCGCCGUGAUUGUGCGCCGUGACGGAACUGGCGCAAACGAUGGUGUCAUGUUUCAGUUUUUCGUCACGGCCUUUCGAGACAUUAUGAAUGCCAAAGACAGCGAGCCGCGCGACUUGGCACUCGCUGUGCGUGGCUAUGGGUACUUUGCGGCGCCAUGCCGCAUCUUUUUAAACCAGGCCGAUGUCAAGUUCAUGUUUGACGAAGUUGUGCAACGGAGCGAGCAACUGUACACCAAUGUGACGCUGCAAGUGGUGGACGAAGCCAGUCUGUCCCUGGUACCGAGCUACAUUAAUGCCCUUGCCAACAUUGUCAUGCAGCUGGACGAGUUGGGCGAUCCGCAGCUACGAGCUUUGGCGCGGUUGGCCAUUUUCUUGUUUGAGGUCUUCCCUCGGGUGCACUACAAGCAGCGCGAUCCUUGCUACUUUGCAAUCAUGCUGCUCUUCAGCUCACUCUAUCCCAAGGGUGCCCUUCUCCGCACAUUUUUGGCCGAUGUCGUCUAUCAAGGCGUACUGCGAACAUGUUCGUUGCCACAGGCAGCGGAUGGGAAUAGCGACGAGGUGGCCGAUGCAAUCUCAAAUGAGGAGGAAGGCUCCUAUGGUCAUUACCAGCUUCUCUGGACGUCCUUGUUCGAUACGCGUUACCUUCGCAGCGACAUUGAGCACAUGCGGCCACAGGACCGAGAGGAGCUCUACACGGCCAUGUAUGAUGAAUUCAUCUCGUCCCUACUGCGCAUCCUCGGUCGGCUGGACAUGACGGUCUUGAUGGUGCCUCCGGCGUCCUCCUCCUCCUCCUCCGCCGAUGCCGGUGCCGCUGCCCUGCCGCCUGCCCGCGACCAAAUUGCGCUUGGGGUCCUGGCAAAGGACUUGCACAUUUUUGUCAACCUCGUGAGCUUUUGCAAGGCCGUGCUACCCGUCCUUCGCCCCGAGUUGUUUGAGCGUUGGGCGUUCAUUUUUUCUCGUGAGCUGAUUGUUCUCGCCAACUCUACUCCGCUCGUGUCGGGGUUUUACCGGCUGCUUGCCGUCACCAUGUCGCUCUGCGAGUCACUUGGCUAUUUCAACGACAUUGAUCCCGGUGUGGUGGAUGCCCUUGUCCGCAAUACUCGCGUCGACCCACCGGGUGCCUCGCUGGCAGCCAGCCGACAAUCUGCGACACGUGCUGGUGAAAGUGACUCCGAGCUUGGCGCGGAAAUUGCUGCUCUCGAGGUCGACGCUGAUUUCGCCGACCGUCGGCCCUCCAAAGGCCGUCGCCAUCCGGGUGGUGCCUCGAGCUCCGCUCAGCCUUCCACUCAACAGGCUCCCAAACAGCACCGUGACGACAACGACGACGCCACGGAUGUGGACACGGACGAGGACGAUGACGUUGUCGAAGCGAAACCGCCCCCGAAACGGAACAAGGCCUCCCAACAACGCGCGGACGAUGAGGACGCCAUGAAAGUGGAUGUCAAAGAGGAGAGCUCACCGGCCCAGUCGUCGUCGUCGUCGUCGUCGUCGCCGUCGUCAGGACCCAGCCAAACAGGCGAUGUUGUCAUUUGCUUUGUCGUGAUUCGCAAGUUUGUCAAGGAACUCUUGCUGCGCCUGCGCACGUACAAGGACGAGUUGCUCGGCGCGAGUCUCGAGUUUCUGCUCUCUUUGCCCAAGCCGUUUGUGCUGGCACACUUGCGCGACAUUGUACCUGCGUUGCAGCUCGCCUUCCGACUCGGUCUGGGGUACCUGCCGCUCGCCAUGAAUGCCCUGGAUGCGCUCGAGCAGUGGGCUUCCACCCUCCCGCGAUCGUUGCUGGCAGAGCAUUUGCCAGCCAUUCUGCCCUUGUUCAACGAGUACCUCCUCGAGAGUGCAGACAUUAAUCUCGGAGACUCGGCGGACGAAGAGGUCCACAAGGUCGUUCAACGCAUGACAAAGGUAGCGCUUCGUCGAUCCCGGUCCAGUCUGGCCGGGCCCAAGUUUCAAGACGACGACGCGACCUCGUCUUCUGGCAUUAGUAGUGGCAAGGCGCCCGUCGUGGCUUCGGGCGAGUCGCCCCUCCAGCUCGUCCGGCGUCGCAUGAUUGGGUUUCUCGGGCGCAUUGGCGGCAAGCGAAGCGGCGACCUCGUCCCACCCAUCAACAUUGCCGACCCGAAAGCUGGGUUUAUUGUCUGGGAUGAGGAUCAGCGCCUCCAUAUUGAUUUGCCCUUUGCAGACCUCCGCCCUCGCUUGCUCCUUGAUCCCAUGCUCCCGCGCAUCGUCGAGCUUGCCGAGCUUUCAAGUGACCGACCCACCAAAGUGGCGGCGUGCGAGCUGCUGCACUCGAUUAUCAUUUUCAUGGUUGGCCGUGGAGCAACUGCGUCAGACUCGUUUGGCAGCGCCUCGACCGGAGCUGCCGCGGGUGGCAGUGGCCAAGGGCCGAGCCAAAAGGCAACCACACGACAUGGUGCAGGCAGCGCUGCAGCGACCGCAUCUUCGAGCAAAGGCGCGGUUGUCACAGACCGCGAGUCCGCCUCCAUGUUCCGCUUGUACCGCAAGCUCUUUCCUGUGCUCGUUCGGCUGGCCGUGGAUGUCGAGCCCGUGGCCAAGCAGCUGUUUGCACCUCUGCUUCUGGAGGUGAUUCACUGGUUUUCACAGAGCGCUCGCUACGAGUCGCCCGAAACUGCAGCCCUGCUCACCGCCCUGGUGGAAAGCUUGACUGAUCCCGACCACAGCAGUGUUCGCGAUAUGGCUGCACUCGGCGUGUCUGAGUUUUUGGCGUGGUCCAUUCGCCAGUCCACCGACAAGCAGCUGCGUCAAAAUCCCGUCAAUUUCCAAUCGCUCCUCAAGCGUCUGUACUCUCUUGCGCUCCAUCCAAGCCCGCAGCAGCGCCUCGGUGCUUCUCUGGCAUUCAAUGCAAUCUAUCGCAUCUACCGCGAGCACGCUGUGCUAGUCGACGUGUUCAUUUUUGAAAUUUUGGUCAACAAUUUGCACAGCCUUCGUCUUGCCCACGCGGACGAUCCCUCGCUUGGCACCCAAGAGCAAGCCAAGCUGGCUGUCGAGAACAUUGUGCGAAUCGUAAUUGGCCACAAGGACUUGCUCGUGCAAGACCGCGUUCGACGCUUGCCUCGCGGUUGGUCGCCCGCGAGCAGCAGCCAAUCUACUGGCAAGAGCAGCAACAGCAGCAACAGCAGCAGCAGCAGUAGCAGUGACAGUGGCAGUCGUUCGCGUCGUUCCUCCGCCGCCAAGUCGAAUGAAGAUGACGCUGCUGGGACCUUGGACGGCACCAAGAGCGGCCCUGAAUUUGUCGAGGUGAACUUUACGCUGGGAAGGCUCGUGUCUUGGCUGUUUGCUCAGUGCGCUAGCGCGGAAACAGAGUAUCGUCACCAGUGCAUGGCACUUUUGCACUCGUUUGCGCCGCUGUUGCCCGGAGUUUCUUCUUCUGCGGCGUGGAUUCGCGCAUGGGCUGACAAGGAGGGUGCGUCCUACGUUUUAAGCAUGGUCGAACCGACGAGUGCGCCGCAGUGUCCUGUUGAAGAUGCGAGCACCUUGAAGCCCGAAGCGGCCUUGGCCUGGUUUUCGAGCUUGGAAGCGACUCUGGACUGCUUGAAUUGGGUGAUUGGCCAAGGGUAUCUUGCACCCGAAUCCUUUUUGCAGAAUGCCGCCAUCUUUGCCUCGCUCGGCGCCUUUGUGGACAAGUUUGCGCUGUUCGAUGCUUCCACUUCCCCUCAGCUGCAAGCGCUGUCUCCUCACGAGCUGGCUCGCUACAAUCGCACAAAGUGCACAGUUCUCGUGCGCGCUUUCAACUUUCUGAGCAUGCUGCUGGAGCACCAUUCCGCAUUUGCCGAGCAACACCUCGUCAUCUGGACGCGCCCGAUGCUAGAGGCAAUUCUGCUUUGUGUGUUGGAUCCGGCGGCUGUUGGAUUCGACAUGGGUGACGUGGAGGUUGUUCGAAAGCUGCCUCGCGAAACGGGCCACUUGCUGUCCCUCCUUGUCAACUUUGUCGAGAGUGCACCGUUGAAGCAGCAUCGUCUUGCGUCCGUGCUACACUCGGUCGUGACUCCGAUGAUUUCCGACUCCUCCAAGCCAACCAGCGUCCAUGUUCUGUUGAAUGUGGCCACCCAUUUGUCGAGUGCGGCCAUUCCUGGAUCGACCCCUACGUCUGCGCUUCCACACAGACCUCCAGCAACGCGUGACGCGUUGCGCCUGGGCGCUCUCAUCACGGGCUACGAGCAGCUUCACGCCGUUCGCUUGUUGUCGUGUCUCGAGGGGAAUGCCACCAACUCUGGCACGCUCGCGAUGCAGUUCUUGGAUGCGGCGGUCGCGCUCAGCGUUCGAGCCACCCAGCACGGCAGCGAGCCGCUGGAGCUUGAAAAUGGCGGUCGUUUGCUCGAGCUGGCUUUUGUCCUCAAUGUCCAACCCCAGCGCCUCGUCAACCUCCUUCUCGACGCUCGCAUUGUCGAAUCCCCGGCCCGCACUUCUCGUCCUGCGCGCGGCGAGGUGUUUUUUGCCAGCUUUGCCAGACCUAUCGGCGACUUUUUGAUUCGGAACUUUGACCUGUUUGCCGACUUGAUUAUGGCCAAGUGCAUCUCGAGCCCAAUUGCCCUGCACAUUUUGCAAGCGCUGCUCGACAUGGUCUUUUCCGACAAGCGGCUCAAGUCCCGCCGUCGUCCUUUCGUCUACAUGGUGGCAUCCCGCUUGCAGCUGCUGCUUGGCUGGGCCUCUGCAACCUCGUCGAGUAGUGGUAGUAGUAGUAGUAGUAGUAGCAGCAGCAGCAGCGCGAGAGGCAAUUCCAGCAACACGAGUGCGCGCGGAACAGCAACCACCACCACUGCAAACGGCGUGCCAGCGUCAGAGCAACGUCAAACUGUUUUGGAGCUCCUGCGCAAGUGUCUGCUGAUUGAUUGGCAAGCAACGUUGCACCACGACCAUUUCGAUGGCGUGUACAAGCUCUUUGUUGCGCUCCUGUCCAACUUGGAGGCCCCAUUGCCGUUCUUUGUGGGCGUGCUCGAACUGCUGCCCCGGUUCUUGGAGACCUUGCAGCUGCAGCUGACGAACGCGGAAGCCUGGCUCUCCACGCCAUCACCGUCGUCGUCGUCGUCCGUCGCGACUGCGGCCGCCCCAAGCAGUUCUCACAGUCGGGUAGCGCUGCAACGAGCAGACACGGCAAUGGACACGAGUACUAGCAGUAGCGGCGCACAACCCGGUGUUUCAUCCGCCAGGUCUAAGCGCCAGCAGGUGGCAGUCAACCCGGCCACGGUCCAGCAUUCGGCAGAACAACGGCAUGUGCAACUCGAGCAAGUGUUGCAGCUUUUGAUUGGCAACAAAUUCCCCGUUUUGUCGACCGAGUUUAAGCGCGGCUCGUCCAAGUUUUUGGACUACGCGACAGCCAUGGAGAGCUUGCUUUCGGCGCUCUCCGCCACCGGUUCCAUCCUGCUUUUGCGCGUCAUGCUCCCGAUGCUGUGCCGAGAGUCCGUACAUGCACUCGAAGAAGCCAUUCAGCGCCAUUUGCGUGCCUUCAUGGGUGUGCUCUCGGCCCGCUACACGGCCCCUCAGCAGCAGGCACCACAUUCAAACCCCACGACCUCCUUUGUCAACUCUGUGGAGGUGGCGUUUGCGUUCGUUCUCGACGUUCUCAACGGUCGUCAUCACCGUGCAGCGUUGCGCCGCGCCGCAGGUCAGCGUGUGCUCGUCACGUUUGCGCGGGCGCUCAAGGAGACGCCGCUGGUGGAUGUCCUUGCGCGACACAUUCCCGCCAUCUGCGAGACAAUUGCAUUGCCUCCGCCACGGCGCGACAGUCGAACCACCGACGACGAUGUCGAGGCCGCACUGAUUCAUCGCACCACGUUCUUCAACCUUGUCGAAAUCAUGUACCAGCGCAUCCCUGCCAAGGAGCUCAAGGGCCAAGGGCGCAUCAAUCUCGCCUUCCUCGGCGACAAGCCCGUCGACAAGGGCAAUGAGCUGACACAGGCCAUCACGAAGGCUGCGCACAUUGCCAAGUCGGAGGCUUCCACUGCGAACACCGCAUCGACGGGGUACUCCGUUUCCAGCUCGCUGGCUGUGGGCGGAGGAGGCGCCAUGAACGCUGUCGCGCAACCAACCUCGGCUCAGCAGCAGCAGGCGGGUGACCAGCAGACCGCUCUGCGAACCGCGCGACUGGCCUACCAUCGCGCGGCGUACAAUGCUCUGGCGUCCUUGCUGCUUGCGACCCAAAACCGACCCGAGCUGUUUGAUUACUUCUUGUUCAAGGAAAACCGCGGCAAGGGCGAGUUGCUGUGGGAGAAUAUCAUUGACACUGAGCGGGUGUAUGCCUUUGAGCCCGAGCUUGUUGUUCCCAUGACUCGGCGUGAUAGGCUUGCGCAAAUACGCGAUGCCCAGGGCACUGGCGGGCCGUCCACGGCCUCUUCCGUGCUCUUUGACGAUUCAGCAUCGGCGAUGGCUGACACUCGCCGACGCCCAGCCUACUUGGCCUCGCAAUACCUCGCCGAAAGCUCCUUCAGCGAUGACCUCGGGUUGUUCCACGCGGCUGCCAACCAGGUCGGUCGUGGAAGCGAGCCACAGCUGCAAUCUGGCGAAAGUGCCGACGCAACCAACAAAGCGGCACAAGGAGGCGUCAAAACGUCUGGACCACGGGGCGCUGCUGCUGCUGCUGCUGCUGCAAGCGGCGACGCUUCUGCCAACUCGAGCGGCUCGCUUGGAGCGCCCAACUCUGCAAGUGCCGUUGAUGAAGAACUGUCCGUGGCUGUCAUUGAUGCUGACGGGCACGAGGUCCGCACGCAAACCUAUGUUGUUAGCAACUCUGCCCUCGAGCUCGACGAUUUCAACGCAAACGAGUGCAUGCCCACCAUUCUGCGUUUGAUUGAUUUCAUGGAUGCCAAGUUCAACCCUCUGGCCCAGCAAGGGACUGCCACCGCGGUGGCUGGUGGCGGCGCCAACACGGCGGCGGCCGCCUCGUCAGCUGUGCCCAUGCAGACCGAUGCAUCGGAUGUCGUUGAGGUGGUGCGGCUGGCCGACGCAAUGCCGUCAUGGAUGAGUGAAAUCCACCGCAAGUUUGAGCAGCUGGACACGCCACUGAACGUCAAGAUGUUUAUUGCCAAAAUUCUCGUCAAUCGGCAAGACCUCUUCCGUCCUUACGGCCUCUUUUGGAUGCGCAGUCUACUGCAACUGAUCACGGCCGGCCCUGGCGGUUCGGGCAUUCAUUAUUACCUCGUGGACUUGUGCGUGCUCUUGUUGUCGUGGGCGCCGUACGUCAUCCCUGCCGACGACUUUGAGGACAAGCGCCUCGCGUCUCGUGUCCUGGAGCACCUGAUGAAGCACGCAUGGCAUCCAACACGUGCUGUUUUGCGCAACAAUUUGGAAAUCAUCAAGGCGGUCGUCGAGUGCUGGCGGCAGCGCGUUCAGAUUCCCUACCGCGUCAUUUUCGAGAGCUUCAAGGACCGCAAUCCCGACACGACCAUGAAUUCGACUGGCAUUCAGCUGUUGGCUGUGCUGAUGGCCAACCAGCUGCCGUCCUUUGUUGAGAGCCAAGCAAGUGGAGUGGACGCGCGCGAGUUUUACGACGCCCUAUCGCAAAACCUCCUUGCCCGUCGGCGAGAGGUCUAUUCAGCGGCCGCAGAAACGAUCGGAAUGGCUCUGUCCGAGCAACACGCAGUGAAUCGGGCUGGAGGCAGCAGCAGCAAGAGUCGGCAACACCGCGAAAGUCCGUUGCAACAGCUCGCUCUCGAUCGGCUCCACCAGCUCGCCCAGCACGCUAGUGGGGCUGCGGCAGGCGCCGUGGCGGCUUCACGCAGCUCGAGCAGCAAUCCGACAGACAAGUUUUUGAUUUGUCUGCAUCGCAUGGGCAAGUACUUCCCCGAGAUGUGCGACCACUUUUUCACCAUUCUCAUCUUUAUGCUCCCGAGCUUGCAUGGGCAGUUUAAGGAAAUGACGCUCGAAAUGAUUUCCUGGCGCGCCACUCAGACGCCAGCCUUGUUCCAAAAUCUGCGCGCCAAAGACCUGCUUGGUCUGUUGACGCAUCGCGAAGAAGGUGCACAGCUGUUCACGCUCCAAACGCUCAAAGCGCUCCUGCACUCGCUCACGACGGAAGAGAUUGAGUACUUUAUGCCAACAGUGAUCCAGACCUUCAGCAAACACGACAGUCUGGAAUGCCGGCAAGUCAUGUACGACAUGCUCAUCUCGCUGUUCGAUCAGGGAAGUGCAGACCUACGCGAGUUGGUGCAGCCGCCGCUCGUGCAGGGCCUCGCCGAUGAGAGCGAAGCCAUUCGCGUGCUGCUUCAGGGCUUUUGGCACAAUCCCAAUCGCUUGUCGCACAACACGUUGCAGCGGCUCCGGGGCAUUUUCGAUUUCAUGUACACUCCAGAGGCGGAGGCACGGUUCAUCAACAAUGGCGCGAAUCUGAUGCUUGAGCUGGCUCGCCUUGCCCGUGACUACGACGAGCCCCUCUUUGAUCUGCCACUUGCCGAGUGUCCGUUCGAGGAGUAUCCGAUCGACGCGGCAUGGCAUCGACGCCACAUUCCGAUGAGCAUGGCGUAUGGCAUGACGCAAUUUGCUUCCCAGCUCCAGCAGUCGCAGCAAAGCGGAAGCGAUGGAGAUGCGCGCCCAGUGGGCUUUUUGCGCGCUACCCAGCAGUCCCUGCUGUUCACGCCAACAAUGUCGAAUGUGAUUGGGUCUCUUGCCAGCUCGAGCCUUGGCCCGAUGUCGAGCUAUCAGUCGCAACCCGGCUUUUCGUUUGGCUACGGCGGCUCGUUUGGCGCUUUCGGAGACGCAGGCGGCCAGUCCCAAAACAUGGAUGAAGCGUCGGCGGCGCGUCGCUUGAUGGCCUUGCAAGAUGAGGAAGGGUCCAAACGCUCGUCCCUGCUGAUCAAGCCAAAGCCACUGGGCGUGAACUUUGGUGCCGCAAGAAGCGCAGGAGCCUCCUCCUCUUCCUCCUCCUCCUCCCAAUCCACCCGCACCGGCAGCAGUCAUUCCGGGAGCGUCUCGACUGCUGUUGCGCGUCGCGAGGUUCUUCGGCUCAAACGUCGCUUUAUCAAGGAUUCGGCGGAAGCAGGCUCGCAGUACCACAUGAUGCAGGCCGUCAAACGGCGCUCGCACAUGAUGGAUUUGCAACGGCGCCAAAAGAUUGCGCGUGCCAACAAGGUUGCCCUGUACCGACGCUACAAGUUUGGCGAACUCCCCGACAUUCAAAUCAAACGCCGCGAGCUCAUCCAGCCGCUGCAGGCCCUGGCACAGAAGGAUUCGGUCAUUGCCCGCGCCGUUUUCGCUCAGCUCUUCAAUGGCGUGUUGCACGAGAGCCAGUUCAAGAUUGACUCCAAAGACCUGGACGCGGCCGUUCUGGCCCUGAGGCGACGCCUUGGAAACAUGCUGAAGGACUCGCGCUACUUUGUUGCGCCGUUUGUGGCUUGCCUCGAGGACAUUUCGUUCCACGACUCGCGACUGGAGCUGAAAGCCACCGUCGUCAGCACGGCAUCCCUCAACUCGUCCAACUGGCACAACGGCGUGGCCCUGCUCGAGAAGCAGAUUUUGGCCGGCCAAUCCGCAGAGGUGGUGCAGCCGUCAAAGCGCGCACGCCUUCUUGCAGCAAACCCAAUCCCUCAGGGCCUGGACUGGCUCGAGCUGACCAAGCUGUAUCGGGCCAUGGAAGAGCGGGACACCAUCAUGGGAAUUCACGCGACGCAACUCUGUGCGAACAAUAAGGAAACCCUUGACGCGAUUCAGGCCGAGGCCGAAGGAGAUUAUGCCAAGGCUGGAGACCUCUAUGAGGAUUUGAUCAAGGAGAGCAUUGGUAACGAGGGGAGCCCCACGUCGGAAGAGCAACUCGAUGUGUGGGAAAUGGCUCGCUUUGAGUGCUACUCGAAACUGUCUCGAUGGAACACAAUCCGCGACAUUAUUGACGGCUCCUUGUACGACGCGCACGAUGACAGAAUUCAUUACGAGCAGCUUUGGGACCCUGGCAUGUCAAAGGAUGUGCGUCUUCCAUUGUUCAUGCGCGCCUGGCUGCAACAGCAGCCCUCCUCCACGUCUGCCGCCCAAGAUGUUGCCGAGGACGCUGCCCAAAACCCGCUGUUUGAAUUUGUGUCGCAAACGUUCGCCAUCGGCAGCCCCCAGCAACGCUUGUUGCUCGAGUCUCGCUUUUCGUACGAGCUCUCGCUCGUGGCUGUCCUGCGAAACGACUUUGAGCGUGCCAAGUACCACCUCGCCCAUUGCUACACCAACUUUGUGCAAGACUGGUCGUCACUGCACCCGCUUUUGCACCAAGCAAGAAAGGCUCGCGUGGGCGAGGUGCAGGCCACGGUGGAGUUGGACGAGUUCCUGCAGCUCGUCACCUCCCCCAGCAAGGUUUCUUCGUUGAGCACCGUGCGCAAGCAAAUGCUAGCGUGGCGCGGCCGUCUUCCCAGCAAGACACUCCAGUCGAUGGAAGUUUGGGAUGGCGUGGUCAAUAGCCGUCGCAUUUUCUUGCGAAAGCUUGCCGACCAGUUUGUCGCAAGCCGCACCAAGUUGAGCGCGCGCGGAGACGGCGGUCCGGCCACGUUGUCACUCACCGCAGCCAAUGACGACGUUGCUCCCAUGCUGAUCGAUGCUGAUAGUGACGCUGCGAGCGGGGUUGCAACGCUUUCGGACGACGCCAAGUUUCGGCGCCAGGCGGUUCUCGUCCGGCUGGUCGUCGCGGAAGAGCAAGUUCACUUGGCCUUGGCCAUGGGAAAGGCAGCCAUCAAGCAAAACAACCAUGCCGUUGCCAAGGAUUGCAAGGAGCACGCGUAUGCUCUGCUGAAGCAAGCUCGCGAAACAGAUGUCGGCAAACGACACGCCAAGCUGAACGAGCAUCUGCUUGUGAUGUGGUAUCACUAUGCGCUCCGCAUGGCCUAUCAAUGUCCGCCAGCCGAGCAAGCAACCAAAAUCAAAGAGCUGCUCAGUGGGUUGACGAAUUGGGCUUCGUUCUGUGGCAAGGUGCAGCACGAUCCGUUGCUUGCACAGCGGCACCAGUUGUUCCGAUUCGAGCUGCUCCAUGCAUUGUCGUCCAAUGCCACCAAUCUCGCAACUGUACUCGGUUCGUCCGAGUUCACCGCCAGCUUGGCAAAAGCGCUGCAAAUUCGCUCUGUCAGCGGCGUGAGUGUCGACCCCGUCGCGAGUGCACCCAAGUUGUCCAGCACCGAUUCCACCAAGGAUGCCAUUCGCAGUGCCGCGUUUGACGCGCUGACUGCUGCGAUUGGGCUGGCGACAAGCGCUGACGAAUCAUCGACUCGUCCUGCAAAGCCCCAUGCGUCGGCCGCCCCCAUUGGUCGCGCUGCUGUGACGGACGCGAUGGCUCUUGCCUCGUCUGCGAUUGUGUCGAAUGCGCGAAUGGCGAAAGCUCGCGUCAAGCUUGCGGCCUUCUGUGAAGAGCAGAUUGAGGAAGUGGUGCAGCUACACGAGCAGCAGCAGCAGCAGCAACAACAACAACAGCAGCAGCAGCGUUCCAAGCCCCGUGCUCUGGGCCAAGCGGACGCGCCUGCCUUGCCAUCAUCGAUGCGACAUUUGCCCAAGCUCAUUGUGGAGAAUGUUCUCAAGGCCAUGGCCCUGGGCUCACCCGAUGCUCGCGACAGCUUCCCACGGUUGCUCCAGUUGCUCGCCCAGUUUGGUUCGUCGUCCCCUGAGCUUGGGAAUCUGUUCAAGGAUCUGUCCGAGAAAGUGCCUUCUUGGAUGUUUAUUCGUUGGAUUGCCCAGAUUGUCGCCGUGCUCGACAAACCGGAGGGUCUCAGUCUUUCGCGCAUCCUCAAAAACCUUUGCCUCAACUACCCUCAAGCGAUUGUCUACCCGUUCUUUUUGAGCUGCGAGCAAUUCUCAUUUGCUCCGACGCGCGAUGGAGAAAAGUGCAGAAUCAACGUCAACGGCGCCAAGCGACUCCUCGGCCAGCCACUCACCAUCACGUUUGCGAGAGAGCUGGAGCAGUUUUUGCACCCGGAUCUGGCGCUGAAAGAUUGGGUUGAGAGCGAGCUGAAGGCCUUCAUCGACCAGCCUCCAUCCAGCCGCGCCGAGCAGCUGCCGGCGCUCGAGGCCAAGUAUCAGGCGCUCAGAACCGAGCUUUUGGAUGACAAGAACAGCGCGCUGGGCAGCUAUCGUCGCGCUUUUGCCGUCCAGUUGCAAGCGGCAGUGGACGAACUCGUCGACGUCAUUCAGAGUGCCGCUGGGUCGAGCAAGGCCGGUUCAGCAGCGUCCAAGUCCCUGACUACACUGCUUGAUGAGCGCUGGAAGCAAAUUCGCGAGCAGAUGGAGAAGCACAUGACGGCCAACCCGGCGCCGACCAGCCUCAAAGCGUACUCGCCAUGGCUUGCUCGGUAUUCUGGUACGAUUGGCAUGAUGCAGGCAAAUGGUGCGGACGGACAUGCGCUGGCCGGCCUUGAAAUCCCGGGCCAGUACACUGGCCUGUCGGAACCGUUGCUCGAGUAUCACGUCAAGAUUGCCGGCUUUGACGAUCGCGUCGAGACGCUGCAGUCCAUCCGCAAACCCAAGGCCAUCAUCAUUCGUGGCACCGACGAGAAAGAGUACAAAUUCCUGGUGAAGGGCGGCGAAGACUUGCGCCUGGAUCAGCGUGUUCUCCAGCUGUUUGAUUUGAUGAAUCAGAUCUUUGCCAAGGAGUCGACAACGGCGCAGCGCCAACUUUCCUUGCGUACCUACCAGGUGGUUCCGACAAGCAUGCGUGCCGGCAUUCUGGAAUGGAUGACCAACACUCGCACGCUCAAAUCAUUGCUGGAAGGCUCGUUGACGCCAGACGAGAAGAUGGCGCUGUCGCGACCGACCACGAUGGGCGCGCAGUACCAGCAGUGGAUGACGAGCAAGGUGGCCAAGGCAGACGCUGGUCACCUUGCUUUAAUGUAUGGCAGCAUGUUCCAAAAUGUCACGCGCAGCGAAGUGGAGUCGUUCUUUGGCAACUUUGAGCGGCAGGUGCCAGGCGACCUGCUCAAGCGAUCCGUGCUUCGACUGUGUUCGUCGCACGAGGCGUUCAUUACCGUUCGUUCGGGCUAUGCGCGCAGUGUCGCCACACUGAACGUAUGCCAGUACGUGCUGGGCAUUGGCGACCGGCACUUGUCCAACUUGAUGCUCGACAUGACCACUGGACGGGUGGUGGCCAUCGAUUUUGGCCAUGCAUUUGGCUCUGCGACGCAGUUUUUGCCCAUCCCGGAGCUGAUGCCGAUGCGCUUGACGCGCCAAAUGGUCAACUUUUUGCAACCGCUCACCGUUGAUGGCUUGGUCAAGCAAAACAUGGUCCACACGAUGCGAGCGCUGCACCGGCACCAACAAAUGCUCCUCGCCUCGAUGGAAGUGUUUAUCAAGGAGCCUCUUUUGGAUUGGAAGCUGAACGCCAACAAGCAACGCAAAAUGCAGCAGCAGACCGUUGCCGCUCUCAAGCAAGCGGAUGGCCGCAGCGGCGGUGCUGCGAUUUCAAGUGGUGGUGCUUCUUCCUUGGAUCGCGGAGGGCGGGACGCUAGCUCUCGGAGCACCGGCCAGCAGCAGCGAGGGGCCUCCGGGUCAAGCUCGAGUCGCGGCUCCGCGCUCCCAUCUUCCGUCGAAAACGCGAUCGCCAACGUACCUGGCUGGGAUGCCUAUGCCGACGGCGAUGCCAACGAAGAAUGGUAUCCUCGGCAAAAGAUUGAACUCGCCCGCCACAAGCUCAACCUCUGGAACCCCGCGUAUGUCAUGCGCGAUGAGCUCACUCUGGGUCACGCCAGCAAAAAGUGGUUUAGCUCGGUGCUCAACAUUGUUAUGGGUGACCCCGAUCGCGAUUUUCGCGCCAAGAAUCCCGAAAGGUGCGAGAGCAUCGAGGCUCAAGUGGAUUGCUUGAUUGAGCAAGCCCGCGACCCCAACAUUCUGGGCCGAACCUGGGCUGGCUGGGAGUCGUGGAUGUGAGGAUGUUGCUUUUUGUUUUGUUUUUUUGUGGUUGUUGUUGUCGUUGUUGGUUUUGUCGAAGUAGUUGCUGUUGGUGUUGGUUUUGUGUUGUUUGUUUUUGAAGUGCAUGCAGUAUGUCUUGUCUUUUGUUGCAUCAAAAAGUUGCACGAUGGAGGU